AUGUUUCUCAGUCCAGGUCACGCACCUGCUCACCUCCCCACACUUCCCACGCCAACCAUGCUGGCAGCACCGCGACUCUCGCAACCCUCGCCCGUCGCCUCGCUGCUCGUGCGUGUCGCGCCCAUGGCCACGCGCGCAAUCAGCCUUGGGCUCCAAUUCGCUACUUCCAUUCCGCCAGUCCGCAAAGCCCGCACGCCUCCAACCCCGUCCUUUUCGCGUUCCCCAGGCCCUCCGCUGCGCCACUCCGCUCACGCGCGGAGUUUUUCCGCGCGUGCGCAGUCGUCGCCCGCGGAGCCGGCGGGUCGAGGCGGAGCGGACGGGCGCACGCGGGCGGGGGGCUGCGCGGGGCUGCCGGUGGUGCACCACGCGCUGUUCAGCGCGCCGCAACUGGCGGCGAGGCACCGGUUCCCGAUGGGCGUGUUCGAGGCGAUUCACGCCAUGCUGCUGCGCGAAGGGGUGCGCCUUCGCCCUCCCGCCUGCACACUUACUCCCCCCUCUCUUCUCCUCCCCCAUCCAUGUUGCUUCCCAUUCCUCCACCCGCUAUCAUCUCUCUCACUCGCCCUCCACCACCCUCUCGCCCUCCAGGUGCACUGUGAGCAGUACCUGGCGCAGGUCUGCCAGGGCGCGCUCCCCUCGGCUGCCAUGCGCCGCAUUGGCUUCCCCUGGUCGCCCACCCUCGUUAGACGAACUCUCGCCGAGGUGGCAGGCACGUUGGAGACGGCACAGCUGGCACUGGAACAUGGACUUGCAUGUAGCACGGCAGGAGGCACGCACCACGCGUUUCGAGCCCAUGGUUCGGGCUACUGCAUUCUGAACGACCUUGCUGUCACGGCCGCUGCCCUCACUGUCUCCUCCUCCCUGCACCCGUCGCCACCGCCACCGCCGCCACUAGCAGCAGCGCUUUCGCCAACCCAAGAAGCAUCAAUGCAAUCACAGACAGCAUCACUGCCGCUGGUGUUACCAGCAGCACGAUCAGCAGCAGCAAGUGCAGCUGGUGAGGGCGAGCAGGAGGACGACGUGUGGAGAGAGCUGCUGGAGGGAGCAGAGAGCGGUGGGAGCGAGAGGGCGGUGAUGAAGAGAGUGCAGCGCGUGGCAAUAGUCGACCUAGAUGUGCACCAGCAGGCACGGUUCCCCUGCAGUUCCAUAUUCUCUCUACUCUUCCCCUCCCUGUUCCCCUCCCUCCUCCCCUCUCUUCACCUCCCUUCCUCCCCUGUUCCUCCCCAACUCGCCCCUUCCCUCCAUACUCCCCACACACCCUCCCUCUGUCAAUACGUCCUGCUCCCGUCCCUCCCACCAACCCCCAUCCCCACACUCAACCCCUUCUCCUGA